AUUUACUCGUGCACUGUGUAGCACCGAGAUAAGUGGUCGCCAAAUGUCUGUGAUCGCUGGUUGGUCGCUACUGGUCGUUUACUCGUUUAACUCGCGUUGAUGAACAGUAAUUUAUUCCACUAUAUAUCCGUUCGUAAUUUUCCUCUAGAGGUGUCAUUCGGUCGUCUCGCGCGCAAGACUGUUAUACAAUUCAAUAUUACAUUAUAAAUAGUUAACACCAGCACGAUUAUUGAAAGACACGCGUGUUUUUUUAUUCACAUCCUAUUAUUAUAUUGUAUAAAACAAAGUAAUAAAUAAAAAAUAGUAAAGUUUUUUUUUUUAAUUAUUAAUAAUUUUAAUUAAUUAAUUCAAUUUUGGUUAUAACUUAAUAAUAUACAUCCUUAAAAUGUCUACAAAUAAUCAAAUGGAUCAAAAAAAAGGAGAUGACCAAAAGCGUGCCAUUCAACUUAACCAAGUACCAGCACUACCAGGUGAUGAGGGUAAAAUGUCAGAUUCGCUCAAAUGGUUCGCGUUCAUGUCGUAUGGCGUCGGACACGUGCUCAACGACCUGGUCGCCUCCAUGUGGUUCACCUACGCUUUGGUAUUCUACCAUUACGUUAUGCAGCUGUCCAGUAUCAAUGCAGGGGCCGUGGUCCUCGUCGGCCAGCUAACAGACGCGGUCGCGACGGCCGCCAUAGGCGUGUUAUCGGAUAAUGCCAACAUGUACUGUACCGAUCGAUACGGCCGCCGCAAGACUUGGCACCUUUUCGGCAGUAUACUGGUGUUCAUAAGUUUGCCGUUCGCAUUCUCGCCGCCCAUAAUACCACAAGCUGAGAGCUCCGAAUUAAACACUGCUCUAUACUACUGUUUCUUCAUCGUCUUCUUCCAAAUCGGAUGGGCGUCCAUCGAGAACUCGCAUAUGGCGUUGGCUUCGGACCUGACUCCGAUAAGGGACGAACGAACGGCGUUACUUUCCAUAAGAUAUAGUUUUACCGUCUUUUCAAACAUCCUGGUGUACGUAGUCACCUGGAUCGUGCUUAGAAGUAACAACGCGAGCAAAACUCAAUUUGGACCUGCAGAAAGAAAAGAAUUCCAAAUAGUCAUAUUAGUGAUAAUGAUUGUCGGAGCUAUGACAACCAUAAUAUUUCAUAUCGGGGUACGCGAACCUCUGACCAAUAACCGUGUGAAUCGAGAGCUCCUGAUGACUGAGACUGAGGCUGAACGUGCAGCCAACAGUUUUUGGUCCAUGUUCAAACACAUCACCCUCUACCAGACGGCCGUCGUUUACAUGUGCUCUCGGAUCACUGUCAAUAUGACUUUGGUGUUCUUGCCGAUGUACUUACAAGACUAUUUAAAACUGGAAGCAGAAAAACUAGCACUGUUACCGUUGAUAAUGUUCCUCAGCAGUUUUUGUAUGUCACUCCUCAACAAACCCAUGAACAUGAAACUCGGCAGAAAGUACACUUAUUCGUUCGGCGUGGUUUUGUCACUGGGUUCAGCGCUAUGGUGUUACUUAGGCAACGGCGACUCAUUUGCCAAAUAUCAAGUCUAUGCAGUCACUAUCAUAAUAGGUAUUGCUUGUUCGGUAGUUCUGGUCACUAGUCAAGCACUGACCACUGAUUUAAUCGGCGAUAAAACGCACAGAGGUGCCUUUACGUUCGGUCUGAUGAGCUUUACCGAUAAAGUAUGCAACGGAGCUGUAGUUAUGGGCGUCCAGUCUUUGCAUUGCGAAACGUGUCCGAAUUACUAUCGCGACGUAAUGAUCUUGAAUUGGACGAUUCCGUCGUUUUUGGCAUUUAUCGCGGUCAUCAGUUUACCCUACGGAGGACGUCCAAGUCUAAUUGCACCUGAAGUCCCGGAAACGCAUUCGAGUAGCGGUAAUCAACACUCUGGUCAAUCGAAAAAGCAGCCGAUAGAAAAAGGACAAGAAGCCCUACCCAGCUACGCGGUAAAUUCGUGACGGAAUAAUUGGUAGUUUAUCUAGUCAUUGCGAUCUAUCAUAAUCGAUAAUAUAAUAUGAUUGUUGAGAAUAAAACAUAAAAUUACAAUAAACAAGUGACUAUUUGUAUUUACUAA